UGAGACUAGUUUCUUCAGGCCCACUGUUCUUUUAAGCCCAAGCAAAACUCGAUCCCGUUCGCUUCGCCGGGUCUCCCAUGCCGCCGGCGAGGAGCCCGGCCGCCGGCCUGCGGCGGCGCAAAGUCUUCCUCCCUCUCGUGUUGCUCCUCCCCCUUAUUCUACUGACCCUAAUCCUGAUCUUCCCAUCUCGCUCCAUCCCCGCGCUCCGCGACGCAGCUCUCAGGUCCCAACAGACCUGCGACUACGCUGCCGGCGGAUGGGUGCCCGACUCCUCCGCUGAGUCCCACCUCCGGUACGACCACACGUGCAAGGAGAUCUUCAAGGGGUGGAACUGCAUCGCUAAUGGCAAGCGCAACGGCCACGCCCUCCUCCGCUGGCGAUGGAAGCCCGCCGGGUGCGAGCUACUCCCCAGACUCGACCCGCUCCGGUUCUUAGAGCGUCACAGGAACACCAACAUUGGAUUUGUGGGUGAUUCUUUGAAUCGAAACAUGUUUGUCUCAUUGGUCUGCAUGCUCAGGGGAGUGAACGGAGAGGUUCACAAGUGGCGUCCAGCAGGGGCAGACCGAGGUUUCACAUUCCUACGCUACAACCUCACCCUCGCAUACCACCGAACUAAUCUUUUGGUACGCUAUGGCAGCUGGUCAGCCAGUCCAAACGGAGGUCCCCUAGAAUCUCUUGGAUACAAGCAAGGCCACAGGAUUGAUGUUGAUAUUGCCGACCAAACAUGGGCAGAGGCACCAAGCUUCCAUGAUAUUCUUAUUUUCAAUACAGGACAUUGGUGGUGGUCCUCUUCAAAGUUUGAUCCAAUACAGUCACCGAUGCUCUUCUUUGAGAAAGGGAAGCCGAUUAUACCUCCUUUACUGCCACCUGAAGGACUGGAUUUGACUCUUAAACACAUGAUAACAUUUGUGAACAAAGCAAUGAGACCCAAUGGAUUGAAAUUCUUCAGCACUCAAUCUCCUAGACAUUUUGAAGGUGGUGAUUGGAAUGAAGGUGGAUCUUGUCAACGUGACCAACCCUUGUCCUCUGAAGAGGUCAAAGAAUUUUUCUCCUUGGACAACAACGGCACAAACAUAGAAGCACGCUUGGUAAACCAGCACUUGAUGAAGGCUCUGGAGCAGUCUACUACCUUCAGAGUUUUGAACGUCACUCACAUGAGUGAAUUCAGAGCUGAUGCUCAUCCGGCGACAACCGGAGGAAAGAAGCACGACGAUUGCAUGCAUUGGUGUUUACCAGGACCAACCGAUGCAUGGAACGAUUUGCUAGCAGCAAGUCUUGCGGCAAUUCAGAGCUAGCCUUGUGAGAAAAUUUCCCCAAUUUUUUUCUUGGGGUAUGAAUACGUUGGAGCAUUAUCCGUUGUCACAGAAGAGAUUUCCUCCGAAUACCAAACUGUAGCUUUAACCCAGUAUUGGAGUUUUACGACGUGUACUCCUGAAUCCUAGAAUAGCUUAAUUGGAUUUGUUUGUUGAACGAUCAAACAGAGUGGAGUUUUCUCCCACACCGACUUAUCUUUCCAUGUGACACCGACACUAAAAGGCAGGCUGCAUUAUUUUGUGCAUAUAUAUUUGCAAGAUCUAAUUGGAAA